CAACUGGAGUUUUGAGUCUUAUAGAUUUGAUGAAGUUUUCACAGAAACUGCCUCUCAGAAGCGAGUUUAUGAGGUUGUUGCCAAACCUGUAGUUGAGAGUGUAUUGAGUGGAUAUAAUGGGACAAUUAUGGCUUAUGGUCAAACAGGUACUGGUAAAACUUACACGGUUGGAACAUUGGGUAAAGACGAUGCCUCAGAGCGUGGCAUUAUGGUUAGAGCUUUGGAAGACAUAAUUGCCAACACAUCCGCAUCUGAUAGUGUUGAAGUUUCCUAUUUACAGUUGUAUAUGGAGUCCAUACAUGAUUUACUUGCUCGAGAAAGUGACAUUUCUAUACAUGAAGACCCAAAGAGCGGUGAAGUGUCAUUACCUGGUGUUGAAGUGGUUAAAGUUCAAGAUCUUGAUAGUUUCAUGCAGUUACUUGAACUAGGUGAGGUAAAUCGCCAUGUAGCUAACACAAAGCUGAACACAGAAUCCUCUCGGAGUCAUGUGAUUCUUAUGGUUCAAAUUCGCAGAUCUAUUCUUGGGAAAAAGGUAGAGGACACUACUUGUCAAGAUAAAAGCAUCAGCAAUGAUCUUUAUGUUGACAACAAGAAACCUAUGAUUCAGAAGAGCAAGUUGCUAAUUGUGGAUCUUGCAGGAUCUGAAAGGAUAGACAAAUCUGGAAGUGAAGGGCACUUGCUUGAAGAGGCUAAAUUCAUUAAUCUUUCUCUCACUUCACUUGGAAAAUGCAUAAAUGCAUUGGCCGAAAAAAGCCCGCACAUACCAACAAGAGAGUCCAAGCUUACAAGGCUACUUCGCGAUUCAUUUGGAGGGUCUUCAAGGACUUUCUCUAUUAUAACAAUUGGGCCUUCUGUGAAGUGCCAUGCAGAGACUUCUGGCACAGUAAUGUUCGGACAGCGAGCAAUGAAGAUUGUGAACAAGGUAAAGCUCAGAGAAGAAGUUGAUUAUGAAGCUUUAUGCCGUAAACUUGAAAAUCAAGUGGACCUUCUUACUGCAGAAGUUGAAAGGCAACAGAAGUUGAGAGAAAAUGAAAGACACAUGUUGGACAAGCAGCUCAAAGAAUGCCAAGGUGCUUUAAUUGAAACAAAGAAAAGUCUGCUUACAAGGUCUGAGUUUCUACAAAAGGAAAACAUGGAUUUGAAAGGGGAAUUAAAGGACAUUUUAAGCGAACUUAAAUGUCAGAAAGAUCAAAAUUGUUCGUUGCAUGAAGUGGCUGCAAAUCUGGAAAAGAAAUAUGAGCAACAACUCCGUGAAAAUUCUGCAAUUCAAGAAGUACUGGCAGAAACCACUCAGAUGUAUGAGAGGAAAAUUGCAGAGUUGAUUAAGCAGAUUGAAGACAGGCAUUCUUGUGAUGAACACGCUGCAAAAGAACUAGAUACGAUACAUAAGCUUCUAGAUGAUCAUCAAAAGUCAAUUCAGCAAAAAGAACUAGAGAACGCCGCAUGUCAAAGGGCUCUGGCUGAAACCACUAAAAUGCAUGAGAAACAAGUAAUGGAGCUAGUUAAACAGAUAGAAGAUGAGCACCGCCGAUUUGAAUGUGCACAGGAACAAUUAGACUUGGCAAAGGGACUCCUAAGUGAUCAGCAAGACUUAGCACAGAAGCAGGGAGAGAUUGAUGAACUUCGGGCGAGAUUACAAGGAAUGUCCCAUUUACAUGAUGCUACUACAAAUGAACUCCAUUUGUUAAAAUCAAAAUAUCAAAAUCUAUUAGAGAGGGAGGUUACACUGAAUGAGGAACUUCAUGCCAUGAGGCAAAGACUCCUGACAGAAGAGGAGCAGAGAAAAGAUGUUGAAAAUGAGCUGUUUAAACUUAAGAAGAAUGUGUCUGAAACUGAGAAUGAUAUCAAGAAAGCUGUUUUGAAGGAAAGUAGCCAAAAUACAUUCAAUGAAGCUUUGGAGCAUGGAUCCCCUGUGAUGUCAAACAAGAUUAAACCAUCAAAGGAGACAAUCUCUAGUCAGAAGGCUGCCAUUGCAAAGAUAUGCAAAGAAGUGGGGUUUCAAAGAAUAUUAGAGUUAUUGAAGUCUGAGGACUCGGAUACCCAAAUCCAAGCUCUAAAGGUGAUAGCCAAUCUGGCUGCUGAAGAUAUUAAUCAGGAAAAAAUUGUUGAAGAAGGAGGACUCGAUGCAUUGCUUACAUUAAUGGAAUUAUCGCAAAAUUCAACAAUUCUUCGAGUGGCUUCUGGGGCUAUUGCCAAUUUGGCUAUGAAUGAGCUUAGUCAAGGUUUAAUAGUGAGCAAAGGAGGUGCGAGGCUACUAGCGACGAUAGCUUCAACAGUGGUUGAUCCACAGACCCUAAGGAUGGUUGCCGGGGCACUUGCUAAUUUAUGUGGAAAUGAGAGGUUACAUAUGCUGCUGAACGAAGAUGGAGGUAUCAAAGCACUUGUGGAAAUGGUCAGAUGUGGGAAUAUUGAUGUCAUUGCGCAGGUUGCUAGGGGAUUGGCUAACUUUGCAAAAUGUGAAUUUAGAGGAAGAGUUCAAGGACAAGCAAAAGGCUGCUCACUAUUAAUGGAAUAUGAUGCUCUUUCAUGGUUGAUUGCCAACUCUAGUACCUCUUCAGCUUCAACCCGGCGACACAUUGAGCUUGCUUUAUGUCAUCUGGCACAAAAUGAGGACAAUGCCAAGGAGUUCAUUUCCAAAGGUGGAGUGAAAGAGCUGGUUCGAAUAUCAGUACAGUCCACCAGAGAAGAUAUUCGAAAUUUUGCACAACGAAUACUCAGCUCAAAUCCGAUGUUUCGGGCAGAGAUGAAUGAACAACAGAUUUAUUAUACAUAAUACUUUUUUUGAGUUUUUAAAUUUUGCAAUAUGUAUCAUAUUAGUAUGGUGACUGACUUCUUGCCUUGUGUUGCACGGUUUAUCAGUUGUGAGCGUCAUUUUUUCUUUUUUCUUUUUUCUUUUUGGGGUAAUAAGCAAAAUUUUGUUCUCGAUUAGUCUUGCA